CACGCCGACCAUUGCUACUCACUCAUAAUUAAUUCAUUGGCACGCCUAGGAAGCUUUGACGAACCAAAACUAAGGAGCGAAACCUACACUUGGCAUUCGGAGGACGACCAUUCAAUAUUUUGAUAUUGGCCGCGGUUUUAGUUCAGCCACCAUCACCGAUGUGAGUGGACAGUUGCGUUUGUCAGUGACUACAGAAAUUUUGUAACCUAUUUUCAUUUUCACAACCUUAUAUGUAAGUGACGUAAAAGGGCACGACAUGUCUAAAUUAUCAGUAACUAACUUCAGUAAAAGAACGGGGAGUCCUUUCCAGAAUAAAUCGAAAGAAACACAAGAGGAACAACAGGGCGUCACCCAUGAUGAGGUACUACAGAAAACAAACAUGGAAAAGCAAAAGGAGAAACAAAGUGAAUUAUUACAUAAAGUAAAUAAAAAAACAGCUGAAUAUCAAGCAAAUAAACCUAGUUCAGGUGUUUUCACGGAAGUGGUAACACAUGGUGCUUUUACAAGUAAGACAGCUUAUAAAAACAUAUCAAAAGUAGAAAAUGUUGCGUCACAAUCCAAAUCUACUAAUGGGUCGAAUGGCUCUAAAUUGCUUGGUUUCCCAUCGUCAGCUAAUGAUUUAGCGUUAGACGCGAAAUCUGAUUUAGAAUCGGAUCCUAACAUUUCAAAAGAAGUUAAAGAAAAGGUGAUUGAAAAAUUGUUCACUUUGGUGUCUAUGGUACAACAUACGUACGAGUCUAAAGUGAGAAUAAUGACUGAAUAUGAAAAAUUUAAAGAUACACAUUUGAAAAAUGAACUACGAAGAGAAAAAGAACAUUCUGAGCAACUGUACAAAAUUAACAUGAAUUUUCAAAAUGAAGUUAUUCAAUCAAUACAACAGUUAAAAAGUGAACUUGACAUCGCUAGGAAUAUUACAAAGAAUUUAGAAGAAAGUAAUACAAAUAUAAUAGAUCUCAACAAUAGUUCAGUUGAUUUUAAUACAUCAGAAGACGUUUCAGAUUCUCGUUUGACAAAUGAUACUGAUAUUUUAAUAGAAAACAAAUCUGAACCUAACAAUAAUAUUAAUGAUACUAAAACCGAUGAGGUCUUAUAAAUAAGUGCCAAAAUAAUGUAAGUUUGCUAGUUUAUUUUGAAUUAACGACCAGUGGAACUCUAGGUUUGUGUCAGACUGAUUGAUAUACCUCAAAUUGUAAUUUUAUAAUCACGAUAUUUGUUUUUUUAGAGUACAGAUCACCCUAAUUUGAAGGAACAUUGAGGAAUAGACGUGACGUAUAUGCAUAUAUUAUGUAUGUAUAGAUUGUUAUAGUGUGUUGUUAUAUUUAAUUUAAUUUUAUAUUUAUGUAUAGAUUAUUUUUGAUAUAUAAUUUGUAUCAGCAAUAUACUAUAAUUAUUCUUGUAGGUGGUUUCAUUUUUGGUAUUUAAUUAUAAUAUAUAGCUUUAUUAUAUUUGCGUUUAUAUUUAUUUCGUGCUAGCUUUCUAUCCAUUACUUCGUAAAUCUGGACUUCAGAAUUAGGAAAAUUAAUGAAAUAGAUCACUUCUAAAUAGCGUAUUAAGAUAAAACAUAUAGCAGUAUUUAAGUUAGUCUUUCAGGAACACAAUGUGAAAAUCUCAUCCAAUUUGGUGCAGUAAUUAUU